AUGGCACCCUUCAAAUUCUACACCGCAACAAUCUCCACCUCCCUCUCAGCUCUCACAUCCCUCACCAACAUCCUCAAAACCGCAGAAUCCAAACACGCAGACCCUUCAACCCUCUUGAAAGCCCGCUUAGCACCGGAUAUGCGACCUCUGACCUCUCAAAUCCACUUGUUAUGCCAAGCAAUCCAACGCAUGGUAGCUCGUCUGGAUGGAAAAUCCCCUUUUAUCCCUCCCGUGGACGAUAUCUCUAGCUUCGAGGAUAUGCACGCUCGCAUCGAAGCUACCAGAAAGAAUCUCGAAGCGCUGGACGAAAUUCAUAUUAAUUUGCGGGGAGAUGAAGUUGAGAGCACGGUUUUGACGGAGACGAUGAGUAAGGAUAUGACGGGGUGGGAAUUCGCUAUGGGGGCUAGUAUGCCGAAUGUGUAUUUUCAUUUGAAUAUGGUGUAUGCGAUUUUGAGAAUGGAGGGGUUGGAAUUGGGGAAGUGGGAUUAUAUCCAGGGGUUUAUGGGGCCUGUUUUGGCUUGA